UGAUGUUUUACUCAAUCUACAGCCAAAACGUAGAUAUUUUGACAAGGGUAGUUUUUUGGAAAAACAUGUGUCGGACAAGGAUUUCUAUGAAAGGGUGUUUCAAACGAAAAUGUUUGAGACAUUUUUAGAAGAGCAGAUGAAAGGAAAGACGGACUAUUGGCUGGAAAUAAUUAGACAGCGUGAUUUAAUGUCAUUGACGAGAUCAAAUGAGUCCAGGUACGCUCUUUCUCAUGAUGAGACUUUUUGUGAACAAUCAACUGAAGAAGAAUUAAAGGUUCUCUAUCUGGAGAACUUCACAAAAUUAGAGAAUCAUACCGAAAACAUAAAGCUGCAGAUAUCAAAUAAAUUAGAGAGUUUGUGUGACUGCGAGGAGAAGGCAUCUCUAUACUAUAUCCGAGCAAUGUUCAAGUAUGCUAUCGACGAAAACAUGGAUGCAUUGAAAGAUUUCAUAGACAUGUUAAUAACAAAUGUUAGGAUAUUACCUAUACAGAUUGUGUCGGAAUUAUACAGUAGAUUAACAGAAGAAGAGGAAGAGGAGUUCAUGAACUUACCCGGACAUAAACAUAUACUGUACUUUAUAAAGGAAAACAAUGAACGCAAGGAAGAACGCUAUAGAAUUAAAAUGGAGCCUUUAAAAACACCGGACUCUGACCUUGACUUUUGUAUGUUAGAGGAAAUUGUUUUAUUAAAUGACAUGUCGAACAACAAUAAAACAAUUCGAGGACUGUUCGAUGCCUUGUCUGUAGUGGAAUCAAAGUCUUCAGCAGAUGAGAUUGUACAUACUAAAGUUGUAAAACAGGCCACAUUCUGGAAGUUGAAACGUUGUUGGGACUACAAUAGGAUACAGUGUAAGAAGAUUAAGUUAGAAAGACAUAUUCUCUCAGAUGAGGAAACGAUUCUCAAGAUCUCAACAGGUUGUCAAACGGACUUUGGUUAUGGGCGUAUCGGACUAACUGAUAGAAGAUUAUUUUUCCUGAAUGAUGUGACGAACCAAUACCAAGAAAUAGCAAAGUUGCGAAAGAUUAAAGCUAUUGAGAAGGUUGACAUGAAUGGCAUGUUCUACGGCGUAUUGAAUGGUGUUCAAGCUCUUAAAAUAAUAACAGAAGGGGUAGGAACAAAUUCUUUCACAAUUCAUUUUAAUGAAGAACGGAACUUGUUGUAUUUGGUUAUAAGAGAGAUGUGGGCGGGGAAAGUUGUGGCGCAGGCGAUGAAGGACGUAAUGAUGGUACAACAUGCUAUACAAAACACACUUCUCAUUGAUGCUGUAAUUGCUAGUGGACAUGAUGAAUGUUCAACGCAUUUUAUGAAGUCGGAGAUUGUGGCAGUGAAACUAAGUUACUUUUAUGAAUUAUAUCUAAAUGGUACACAUCACCUCUCUGAUAAUACAAAAGAUGCCCUACGGAUGAAAAUAGAUGUGAACUUUGGUGAAAAGGACCAGAAAACUGUUUAUUCACUGCUUUACACUGGAGGGGAAGGGAAUAUUUCCCAACCCAAGCUAUGGUGUGGUUUACGUGACGGUAUAAUCAAAGUUUACAACGCAUUGACAUGGCUGUUAGAUAGAGUUAUAUACCUAGAACUCAGAAAUGCAUGCAUAGCGUGCCUUACACCGGUUGAUAAAAGUCACGUUUGGGUGGGCUCUGCUGGUAUUCACAAUCAUAGACGUGAAGUCACUAAACAUGUACUAGGACAAUACUUGCACAUCCUGAACCCCCCAAAAAAGUUGUUGAUAUAG